GUGCGCGGGCCGCCCUGCGAGAGCGGGCGCGGCGAGGCCACCCUGGAGAGGGCCGCGUCCGCCCCUGGGCUGCACCCGCCGCGGGGGCGCGUGUCGGGCGCCGCGGCGAUGGGCGCGCCGCUGGGUGGCCACGUCGCCGCGGCGGAGGCGCGGCCGCCGAGGCCCAGGCGCCAGGUGGCCCUGGGCGGCGUGGAGGCGAGGGGCCACGGCAGCCUGCUGCCCUUGCCGGACGGACCAGGGCGCGUCUUGGCUGCCGAAGACGCGCCCCGCCACCGCGGGCGCCGCCUGAGCCAGAGCCCUGCGUCGCCGAGCGCCCUGCAGGGAG